UUUCUCGACCCAUGAAAAUUAAAAUUGGAUAAAAUUAUUGAUUCUAUCAUUGUAACACGAGUCUUGUUGUUAUUGAAUCGCUCGUACCACCGAUAGAAUUGGUUUGUUGACAGCAUAGCCUCUCUCACCGGCGAUAGUAGUCAAUGAGCCGGGCUGAAAGACGACGAUCGCGCGUAAUUAUUUCACCAGUUAUAACAUUUAAUUCGGUUAUUACAACUGCGAUAAUCAAAAGAUGGAAGCCGAACCAUUUGUGUGCAAGAAGCUACGAGCAGUGAAUCGGGCCGGACAAGAAACCCCCCAACAGAACGAAAACAAUCCAGCAGUCGCGCAGGAGGGUGAAUCGACGGAACAACUCCCCGAACCGAACGGAAACGACGCAACGGUCGAGCAGGUAGGUGAAUCGAGCGAAAGAAUCGACGAACAGAACGGAACCGACGGAGCAGUCAAGCCGGGGGAGGAAUCGAGGAAAAAACCUGUCAAACGGAUCCGAAGCAUUACACCUGUCGAGCUGGAGGUUGAAUUAAUGGAACAACCCUCCCAACAGAACGGAAACGAUCCAGCAGUCAAGCAAGGCAAGAUCUCGAAGAAAGAACCAGCCAAACAGAACGGAACCGACGGAGCAGUCAGGGGGCAGGAAUCGAGGGAAAACCCAGUCAAACCGAACGGAAUCGGCACACCAAUCAAGCAGGAAGAAUUGAGGAAACAACUUCCCGAACAGAAAAAAGGCAAACCAGUCUUGCAGGGGGAUGGCUCGAUACGCUACCAUCGGCCCUACGUGACGUCGGAUCGACGCAACGACAUCGUCGAUCUGCAUACGCUGUCGGAUGGGCUCUGGUGCGUCGAAUGCGACCUCCCGAUCUCGCUCAUGAACAUCACGGGUGUGAAGGUCAAUGGCCUGGUCAGGAUUUACGAGGUGCACUGCCAGAUUUGCGACAAGGUUUGUGAGGUGCCGACGAGCGGCCACUGCCGCGACUACGUAUCGCAAGCUUCGACAUCGGUGGCAAACGGCUCGGAUUCAUCGGCAACCCCUUCGACCUCGCAAGGGAUCGGCUCGAACUCGGUGGCAAACGGCUCAGGAACAUUCGUCGUCCCUUCGACUUCGCAAGGGAUCGGCUCGAACUCAGUGGCAAACGACUCAGGAUUAUUCGUCGUCCCUUCGACUUCGCAAGGGAUCGGCUCGAACUCGGUGGAAAGAGAAUACGAUAGAGUAAUCAUGACAUCCCCGUUGAAAUUAAAACUCAUUAGGUCACCGGCAAAACAAGCUUCAACUGCGCCGACGACGGGGCCGGCUUCGACAUCCAAGGCUUCGACUUCCGCGACCGAGACAUCCACAGAAGCUCCGAAGGUGGAGAAUAAAGUUGAAGGUGUGUACCUACGCGUCGAAGGCCGCCACAUCAUUAAUCUUGGGUGGCUGGCGACGAAGCUCUGGUGCGAAAAUUGUAGGCUUCCGCUGUCGUUGCGCCACGUCCUCAAGUAUCACGUCGAGGGCCUCGUCGUGAUCUUUCGAGUUCACUGCCGGAAGUGCCGAGCGGAGGUCGUGGCGGAAACCAGCUCGAAGAAGGACAAUAAGAAACUUUACGAAAUCAACGAACUAGCGUUGCUAGGCAUCAAGGAUCACGAGAAGGAAGUGAUGGACAAAGUCUUCGAAAGUAUGAAAUUGUUACCGAUUCCACCGGAAUUGGAACUGUUCGAAACGAGCCACCAAGAGAACGAGGAAACUCCUCGGCCAGUAGAAGCGGGAGAAGAGAACGUGGUAAAUCCUCGGCCCAAAGAAGCGAGAGAAGAGAAUGUGGUGACUCUCGAGUCUGACGAUGAUAGCAGUGACUAAGUGGAAACUCCCAAAUGGAACGAAGAGAGUAGAGAGGAAGGAAAAACUCACAAUAAAAAGCUAGAAGAGCUAUUGAGAAUGUGAUUUUCUGACAUCGAUUUUCCAGCGAGGAAAAUCGAUUAUAACUUUAGUAAUUUUAUCUCAACGGCUCUGAUUUAUUUUUAUGUAGUAUAUUAUAUUUAUGUUGCAUUAAAAACGUAUGUGAGAGACUAUUUAUCAAUUGUAAAUUUGACUUUUGUAUAGCUCAUGUGUGAUGCAUGAUAAAUAAUUACGAUCGAUUUUAAUCAGCCAUAAAAAUAUAUUUACUUCUACAAACA